AUGGGUCCAAAAUUCGAUCCAACCGCCGUUUAUGAAAUUAUGGUACGUGUGACUGGUGGUGAAGCCCCAGGUGGUUCAUCACUUGCACCAAAAAUUGGUCCACUGGGUUUGUCUCCAAAAAAAGUUGGAGAUGACAUAGCCAAAUCGACAGCUGAAUGGAAAGGCAUGCGUGUCACAGUUAAAUUAACUGUACAAAAUCGAAAUGCAAAAAUUGAUGUUAUACCAUCAGCAUCAUCUCUUGUUAUCAAAGCAUUAAAAGAACCACCAAGAGACAGAAAAAAACAAAAAAAUAUUAAGCAUGAUGGAAAUAUAUCAAUGGACGAAAUAAUUAAAAUUGCUAGAGUUAUGCGACCACGAUCGUUGGCAAAAACAUUUGAUGGAACAGUUAAAGAGAUAUUGGGAACGGCGCAAUCGGUUGGAUGUAAAGUGGAAGGUUCUCAUCCACAUGCUGUGAUUGAUCAAAUAAAUAAUGGUCAAGUUGAUGUGCCGAGAGAAUAG